AUGUUCCAGUGUGUCUACAUCAUCUCCUUUCUUUUACCGCAGUCGAAAACCACAACAUCCGCGUUUGACCCACUCUCGGAUUUGCUUCUCUCCGAUGUUGGAGCUAGCCACUCCGACGGUAAACUCAUUGAUAAGCGGUCAGACGAGAGUGUUAGUGGCACAUUGUUCCAAACGACCGACAAAAAGGCAAAGUCUGAGGCAAUCGCAUCAGACCCUUCCAACUCCGAUCCUUCACAUGUGGAUCUUGAGAGCUCUUCUAGCGUUUUGGACGAAACCGAGGAUGUCUCCGAUGUCGCAGAUGCCGAAAGCUCCAGUUGGCACCCCUCAGAAGAACAAGAAGAUGACGACGAGGACGAACCACUUCACCAUCGUUCUCGACGCCCAUCUUGCGGUUCGCACAGCAGUCGGACGAAACGAAGUUCUCUUCCAACAUUAGAUCGCAAGUUAUCCAAACAAAUUCAUAGGAACAGACGUGAGCAAAUCCGUUCUUCCACUCAAGAAAAGACGAAAAAGCUUUCUGUAAAUACAGAGGAUUCUCCUGGAUCCGAUGACUACUGUUGGAUAUGCCAUAAGGUUGGCAGAAUGGUCAUAUGCAGCUGUUGUCCUCGAGUGUAUCAUCCUUCUUGCCUAUGUUUGAGUGAGUUUCCGGACGUUUGGCUCUGUCCGGAGUGCCAAGAUCUCACCGUUGCUGAAUGCUUACUCCAUCGACCUCGCAAUUGGCGAGACAUAACUUCGGCGCAAGUACAGCGAAUGCUUUAUUUCCUCAUCGACCGUUUGGCCAUGCAGAGCUGGCGUCUCUCUUCCUCUCUGUCUCCUCGGAAACAAUCUCUCUCGCUUCCCGUCCACGCCCAUUGUCUUCCUCCCCGCUCAUAUCUCUCCACUCCAAUUUAUAAGGACAUUAUAAAAUUUUACCAUGUGCAUCUAUCAGCUGCCUCGUUUUCUAGUCCCUCCUCCAUUUCUCCUUCCUUCCUAUCAACCUCCAGUCUCACAUCUCGAAUCCUCUCACUUAGUCCUCAAAUCAUCCCUCUGUCUCCCCGCUCUCUCGGUGGCACGCACCCCACUCCUCCGAUCUCCGUGUCUCGCUAUUCCCUCACCGACCUCCUCUCCCCCUCCCACCCCGUCCCAUCUCUCCGCAAGUCUCCCUCAAACUUCUCCCCGUCUACUCACGAGCUGAG